AUGAAGUUAGACUCGAUCCAAGGGAAAGAAGUGAAAGAGGUGAAAGAAGUUCGACAAGUGGAAGAAGUAUACGUCAUUUGUGAGAUUGUGGGCCAUUCAACUGACAAUUGCCAUACCAUUCCCGCCCUCCGACACCACUAUAGUCAACUUCCCACAAAAGAGGUGUGCGCUUUGAACCAACGUUGGGAUCCGUAUUCUAAUACUUACAAUCCGGGGUUGCGGUCUAAUUCAGCUUUCCGUUGGGGUAAUCAGAAUGAAGCAGGCACUUCCUCAACUUCUCAAGCUCCUCCUCCCCCUCAGAAUCCAACUUGGCGACAACCUCAAUUUCAAGGCUCACCCCGUUUUCUUGCAAUUCAAGGACCGCUUGGAUUCAUACCGCCUAAUCAAUUUCACGGAGAAAGGGAAGCUUCCUACUCAACCUUUGCCAAACCCUCAAGGUCAAAUUUGCUUGGUAGCUCUUCGGUGACUUUUCCAAAGCAAGCCAAUGCCAUUAUUUCUUUGAGGAGUGGGAAGACCGUGGACAAUGCUCAAGUGGAGCCGCCAGUAACACCCAUUUUGCUACCUUUUCCGGUACUGUCAAAGCCAACAACGUCAGAUGGGGAAUCUCCCAAACCAGCUCCUACGGAAGAGGCGAAAGGAAAGGCAAAGGAGAGUGAAGUUCCGCAAACUUUCACCGUUCCCGCUCCAUAUCCCAAUCGGUUAAAGACGCUAGCCAAGCCAAAUCUGAACAAUGAUAUCUACAACGUGCUCAAGCAAGUGACCGUUAAUCUUCCCUUGCUUGAUGCUAUCAAACAAAUUCUGUCGUAUGCCAAAUUUCUGAAGGACUUGUGUACUCACAAAUGCAAGCUCCAAGUGCAAAAGAAGGUCGUGGAAAAAGUUUUUCUUGAUUUGGGGGCAAGUGUGAACCUCUUACUGUUCUUAGUCUAUGAACAACUUGGCUUGGGAGAGAUGAAACCAACUCGGGUGACUUUACAAUUGGCAGAUAGGAGUAUUUGUGUUCCCAAGGGCAUGGUGGAAGAUGUUCUUGUUCAAGUUGAUCAAUUUGUAUACCCGGUUGACUUCGUGGUUUUAGACACGUGUCCAGUUCCAGCGGCUCAAACCUCCGUUCCAAUUAUUCUCGGGCGGCCUUUCUUAGCCACAUCCGAUGCCGUGAUCCAUUGCCGGGAUGGCCGACUUAAUAUGAGUUUUGGUAACAUGAAGAUGCAAGUCAACAUGUUCCAUAUUGGUAGCCAAAUGGGGGAUGGUGAUGAUGUCUGCGGAGUUAGCAUGAUUGACUCACUUGUUCAAGAUCAUGUUGAUGAGUUUGUUUGCCAAGAUGAGUUGGAGCUCGCACUGACUUCCGCCGAAGCCGAUUUUCUUGACUCUCCUGAUGUUGCUUACUUGUGCUCUUUAUUAGAUGCGGAGGAAGUGUGUGGUCUUAACCCAUGGAUCCCAAAAUUCAAGGAAUUGCCCCCGAUUGUGAAGCAGGUCAUUCCGUCUAGCGUGGAACCCCCGACACUCGAUCUUAAACCAUUAUCGGACACUCUCAAGUAUGCUUAUCUUGGCGAUGGCCAAACAUACCCGGUGGUGAUCUCCUCCGCCCUCACCGAACUUCAAGAGUUUCAAUUGUUAGCUAAGUUACAGAAGCAUUCCACGGCUAUCGGGUGGUCUAUAGCCGACAUCAAAGCCAUUGAUGCCUCCCUUUGUUCUCAUCACAUUUACAUGAAGGAUGAUGUCAAGCCAUCUCGCCAGCCUCAAUGA